AUGAGACUAUCCGUCCGCAUCGGGGGGGCCGCCCUCCUUAUCACCGCCAUCUUCCUCCUCGGCCGCCUUUUCAACGCCGCACACCACGCUCCGCGUCCACGCACAUUCUGGACCUUCAAUGUCGGCUCCCGACCAGAUCCUGCCGAGCUUGCCUCGUGGAAGUCGCGAUGGCCAAAGGAUCAGACUGGCGUCUCGGGCCAGCACUACGAUAUCAGUCCCAUCGUCGUCCCGAAUGACCGGAUCAUCGUGAUGGCAAAGCUAUCGACGGAGGAUACAAACUGGGUCAGCGCCGAUUUGACAGACUGGCGGAAUUUCAUCUACGUCGUCGACGACGUAAACGCGCCGCGACACACCCCCAUGAACAAAGGCCGCGAGGCCCUUGCCUACCUCCAAUACAUCGUCGAACACUACGAUGACCUCCCCUCGACGAUCGUCUUCAUCCACAGCCACCGCGAUGGCUGGCCUGGCGCCUGGCACACGGACACAAUGGACUACAGCAACGUGGAAUCGAUUCGGUCGUUACAAAUUGACUUUGUGCAACAAAACGGUUACGCCAAUCUCCGCUGCCAGGAGACCCCCGGCUGCCCCGACGAAAUCCGCCCAGGGAGAAACCCCCCACGCCCGGGUAAAAACGUCGAGAGUAUCUACCCGGAUGCGUGGCGGGCGCUGUUUCUCGACGACAACGUCCCCGAAGUCAUUGGCGUUCCGUGCUGCUCGCAGUUCGCGGUCUCCCGUGAACAGGUUCUGAAACGUCCGCUGAGCGACUACCAGCGAUACUACAACUGGGUUCUCACAAACGACCUCCCAGACGACAUGACCUCCCGUGUGAUGGAGUACACUUGGCAUAUUAUCUUUGGGCAGGAGCCUGUUUACUGCCCCGACGUUUUCCAGUGUUACCAAGACGUCUAUGGUAACCCUUUCUUCUGGUGA